UCAAGACCCGGCCGGACGCGGGUCCAUUUCAAUUGUAAUAUUUAAAAAAACGAAACGGUCCAAAUUUUGUUUUAAGCCGAUGUUUGUUUGUAUUGGUUUGUGUUUUCUUUUCCGCAUUAAUAUUUAUCUCUAGUGUUUCAUUGCGUGUGUAUGUGCCGACGUUAUUACCAUCGGAAUCAGAUAGUGUUGGAUCCCGUGUUAAGAUGAAGCUAUUAAUUCACACCGCUACGGGCAAGACGGCACUAAUUGCAUUUUUGAUUCACUUGGCCAUCUCCGGUUGGUGUUUUACCGGAUCCGUCGCCGCCGGUGGCCAACAUUUCCUGCGGACAAUGGAACCAAACAAUUGGCCCAGCAAUCCAACUAAUAAUCCAGCUCCGCUGUCCGCUACUGGCGGAACAAUUGGCAACAGUGCAACUAUUCGAAAGCGUUCGAUCUAUGCUGAUUAUCCUGGACGUUUGCCUUUAUCAACAAUGACAAUGAUGAGAGUGCAAGAGUCAGCCCUUUACGCGGUUCAAUCCGCCGUUCCAGCAACGGCUUCCGCUUUGGUGUCCGAUUCGUUAAUGAAACGCGUCUCGCUCGGAUUGCUCCUGCCGCACACGACGUUCAGAGUUCGCGAGUACAGCAAAGCCGUCCAAACUGCCAUGAACAGUUUGCGUAAACAGGAUCUCAGCUUCAUCAAUACGUACCGGUUUCAAGUCUCUGAUAUCCACACAGACAUGCUCAAAGUGAACCCCAGUCCCACAGCCAUUCUCGACAUGGUAUGCGAAACGUUCUUGAAACGUAACGUCUCGGCCAUCUUGUUCUUGUCCAAUACCGAGUUGUACGGACGUAACACGGCGGCUGCUCAAUAUUUUCUGCAGCUGACCAACUACUUGCGAAUUCCCGUCAUCGCCUGGAAUGCCGACAAUUCUGGAUUAGAAAAGAGGAGUGCUGGAAAUAAUUUGGUCAUCCAGCUGGCACCGUCGGCGUUUCAUCAGGCCAAUGCGAUGCUCUCGCUUCUCAAGCGCUACUCUUGGAAACAAUUCUCUAUAGUCACAUCGACCGUAGCUGGUUACCGUGAAUUCAUCCAGGCUGUCGCUGAGGCCGCUUACAAAUUUGAAUCGCACAACAGUUACAAGUUCAAAAUAUUGGGCACAGUUUUGGUAAACAAUAAUGCCAGCAAUUUAGGGAGUCUUUUAGGCACCGAAGCGAGGAUCUUACUGCUGUAUUCGACUCGCGAAGAAGCACGUUCCAUUCUGAAGACGGCUGGACAGAUGGGCCUUGCAGGUGACAAGUACGUCUGGAUCGUGACGCAGAGCGUUAUCGGCAGUACUACAGAAUCGCCACCCGAGUUUCCCGUCGGCAUGUUGGGUGUCCAUUUCGAAACGACAGACAAUCAGCUGACCAAAAGCAUAUCUACUGCUCUCAAAGUGUUUGUCAAUGGAGUGGAGGCCUUUCAUCGCGAAUCAAAUUCGUCCUCUUUGCUCAGUCCGAAAGUUUCAUGUGAAGACUCGGCAUCAACUUCAUCGCGCUGGGCUCAAGGCGAACAACUUUUCAAAUAUUUGCAAAAUGUGCGCAUUGAUGUCGAUCCCGGCCGACCUCCGUUGGAAUUCGACGCCGAUGGGACACGCAGUUCGGUCGAGCUGACGAUAGUCAAUUUGCAGCCGAGCAAUAGCGGUGGAUCGGGCAGAGAACUUCUAUGGAGACAAAUCGGUCAUUGGCAUUCUUGGAAAAAGGACGGACUUGAUAUCCAAGAUAUUGUCUGGCCCGGUCACAGCCACGUACCACCUGAAGAUGGUCCAGAUAAGUUUCACUUGAAGGUAGCUUUCUUAGAAGAGCCACCUUUUAUUAGCAUCGUGCCACCUGAUCCAGUUAGUGGCCGAUGUCCUGUCAGCCACGGAGUACCUUGUCACGUUGGCAACCACGUCCCACUAAACGGGGAAAGCGAUCUGGGACAUUCUCCCCGCAAUGUCACUCAAUGUUGCUCCGGUUUCUGCGUCGAUCUACUGGAAAAGUUCAGCGACGAUCUCGGAUUUACUUACGAGCUCAUCAGGGUAGACGACCCAAAGUUCGGCACUCACGUGAAUGGAAGGUGGAACGGGUUAAUGGGAGCACUGGCCAAUCGUAGAGUGGACAUGGUGAUGACUUCCUUAACGGUGAACGCCGAGCGUGAGCACGUCGCUGAUUUUACGAUUCCUUUUAUGGAGACUGGAAUCGCAAUUUUAGUGGCCAAAAGGACGGGCAUCAUCUCUCCUACCGCGUUUCUAGAGCCGUUCGAUACGGCGUCGUGGCUCCUUGUCGGCGUCGUAGCCAUUCAAGUGGCAGCGUUGGCCAUCUUCCUUUUCGAGUGGCUCUCCCCGUCAGGGUACAAUAUGCAAUUAUCGGCCCCAACCAAUCAGCGUUUUUCGCUUUUUCGGACCUAUUGGCUCGUUUGGGCGAUUCUGUUCCAGGCUUCCGUUAAUAUCGAUUGCCCCAGAGGGUUUACAUCUAGAUUCAUAUCGAACGUUUGGGCCACUUUCGCCGUGGUCUUCUUGGCCAUUUACACGGCCAAUUUAGCAGCUUUCAUGAUCACGCGUGAAGAAUUCUACGAUCUGAGUGGCGUCGAAGAUCCCAGACUAAUCAGCCCCAAGAGUCACGAACCUCCGUUCCGUUUCGGCACCGUCUUCAAUACUCAUACGGAAGCUACGAUUCUCAAGCACUACAAAGAGAUGCACUAUCACAUGCGCAACUACAACCUCAACGAAAUAAGCGCCGGCAUCGACUCUGUCAAGCGAGGUGAAUUGGAUGCGUUUCUCUACGAUGGCGCAGUACUAGACUACCUAGUAUCCCAGGACGAAGAAUGCCGUCUUUUAACUGUCGGAUCGUGGUACGCCAUGACAGGUUAUGGAGUCGCCUUCCCACGCGGCUCUAAAUACGUGGCAGCAUUCAACGAAAAACUUCUAGAGUACAUUGAAAACGGCGACGUGGAUCGAUUACGUCGGUUCUGGUUAACAGGAGUAUGCAAACCCUACAAGGAGGAGCGUCAGUUUUCCGAGCCGCUUUCCACUGAGCAAUUUCUUUCCGCCUUCUUGUUGCUUCUAUCCGGUAUCGGAUUGGCCUUUCUUCUGCUCGCUCUCGAGCAUAUUUAUUUCCAUUCCAUUCGACCCCAUCUGACCUCACCGACGACUGGGGCUUGUUGUUCCCUCAUUUCCAUUAACAUGGGCAAAUCGUUGACGUUCCGCGAUGCAGUUUUCGAGACGCAAGAUCGAUUGCGGUCUCAUCGAUGUCGCGACGCUAUAUGUCGACUUCAUCUGCGUCGUUUGAAUUUGCAGUUGGACUGCGUAAGAUCAAGAGUCCGCCAACUGGAAAAACAACUCGGCGAAAGCAAUCAGUUUAUCGGAACUGCAGUAAAUGAUGAAUCGCAAUCAGUUGAAGUGGAAAAAAACUUGAUUGAAUGUCAAGCAACGACUCGCCAACUGCUGGAAGGAAUUCCUGAAAUGGAGACCGUCCUAUAGCGUCCAUCGACGGAACAUUAGGAAUUAAUUUUGACUCUCACAAUCUAAUCACGAGUUUCUAAGAUUACAAUCCUGCCAAUGGUGCCAACGAAAGGUAAACACGACCCUACCUUCGCAAGGC